AUGAGAAUUGUAGACAGUUUGUCGGCCGAAAACAACACCGGCGUAUCCGACGCGUACCGGUACGGUGCCAGUGCUGAGAACUGUGACAUCGUGGUGAUUAGAGGAUGCACCGAGUUCCAACCGGAGUGGUUUCAAGUGCUGGAGAAUAUUUACCGGAAACCGGUUCUCCCCAUUGGGCAACUCCCUAGUACUGACCCUGUUGGGGGUGAGGAUACCGACACGUGGCGGUGGGUGAAGGAUUGGCUGGACAAGCAUGCGCGUGGGAGCGUGGUGUACGUGGCGUUUGGAAGCGAAGCGAAACCAAGGCAGGACGAAGUGACAGAGAUAGCUUUGGGUUUGGAGAAAUCGAAGCUUCCAUUUUUCUGGGCGCUGAGGCUUCAGCGUGGGCCGUGGGACCCAGAUGUGUUGCGGUUACCAGAAGGGUUCGAGGAGCGGACCAAAGCGCUUGGAGUUGUGUGCACCACUUGGGCGCCGCAGUUGAAGAUUUUGGGGCACAUGGCGGUUGGUGGCUUCUGUUAUAAGAAUAUGUACAAGGAAAAGAAUAACCUCAAAAUAAUAGGUGGAGAAUAUACAGAAAAAAGACCAACUCACAUCUUCCCAUUGGUACAAAUUAACAAAUAUGUGAAUUAG